UCCCAGAGGAGGCGGUGGGCGGGGCCUUCGCCGGGUAACGGCAGUCGGUGGUUCGCUGGUUGCGUGCCGGGGGCUGUGUGUGUGGUACCGGGUCCCGGGGAUUCCCGGUGAGGAGGGCCAGCAGUGACCAUGGCCGGACAGCAGUUCCAGUACGACGAUAGCGGCAACACGUUUUUCUACUUCCUGACCUCCUUCGUGGGUCUGAUCGUCAUCCCGGCCACAUAUUACCUAUGGCCCCGAGACCAGAACUCGGAGCAAGUUCGGUUGAAAAACAUACGGCAUAUUUAUAGAAGUUGUUUGUGGUACCAGCUUAAGUCAAUCAAGCCACAGCAAAGUAUUGUCCCUAAAAUAAAGAAAAUUGUUCUGCUAAUCGGAUGGGCAUUAUUUCUUUUUCUUGCCUACAAAGUUUCUAAAACUGACAGAGAAUAUCAAGAAUACAACCCUUAUGAAGUUUUAAGCUUGGAUCCUGCCGCAACUGUUUCGGAAAUUAAAAAACAAUACCGUCUGCUGUCUUUGAAAUUUCACCCAGACAAAGGAGGAGAUGAAGUGAUGUUUAUGAGGAUAGCAAAGGCUUAUGCAGCCUUGACAGAUGAACAGUCCAGAAAGAACUGGCAAGAGUAUGGCAAUCCUGAUGGUCCACAAGCUACCAGCUUCGGUAUUGCUUUACCAGCUUGGAUUGUGGACCAGAAGAAUUCUAUGCUGGUUUUGCUCGUGUAUGGAUUGGCUUUCAUGGUUAUAUUGCCAGUUGUUGUGGGUUCCUGGUGGUACAAAUCAAUUCGCUACAGUGGGGAUCAGAUCCUUAUACGAACAACUCAGAUUUACACCUAUUUUGUGUAUAAAACUCGAAACAUGGAUUUGAAACGUCUUAUUAUGGUGUUGGCAGGAGCAUCUGAAUUUGAUCCUCAGUAUAAUAAGGAUGCUACCAGCAGACCUGCAGAUAAUAUACAAAUACCACAGCUAAUAAGAGAGAUUGGGGGCAUCAACCUUAAAAAGAAUGAACCUCCUCUCACCUGCCCCUACAGCCUGAAGGCUAGAGUCCUCAUGCUAGCUCACCUUUCCAGGAUGCAAAUCCCUGAGGCAUUGAAGGAAGACCAGCAGUUUAUCUUGAAAAAAUGUCCUGCAUUGCUUCAGGAAAUGGUUAAUGUGAUCUGUCAACUGAUCAUCAUGGCACGUAGUCGUGAAGAAAGGGAACUCAGGCCUCCAUCAUUGUCCUCACUGGAGAACUGCAUGAAGCUCUGUCAGAUGACUGUACAAGGCCUACAGCAAUUUAAGUCUCCAUUUCUGCAGCUUCCAUAUAUUGAAGAGGACCAUUUGAGGAGAGUGUUCAACCACAAGAAGUUUAAAAUUAAGACCAUUCGAGACCUUGUCAGCAUGAAGGAGUCUGAUCGCCGCAUUCUCUUUACUUUCCUGGAAGAUAGUAAUUAUGAAGAGCUUAUUGCUGUGCUCGGUAGCUUUCCACACAUCACAAUGGAGAUAAAGCCACAAGUGCUGGAUGAUGAAGACAGUAAUAAUAUCACGGUGGGUUCUCUUGUCACUGUUCUAGUCACUCUAAGAAGGCAAACAAUGUCUGAUGUAUUUGAGAAGGAGCAGUCCACGUGUUCUGCAGAGGAUCAGCCUGUGGAAGAAGGCCAAGGAGAUUCUACUAAAACUAAAGGCAAGGGCUGGCAGCAAAAAAAUAAAACUGCCAAAAAGUCUUCCAAGUCCAAGAAAAAGAAGCUGAUCAAAAAGAAGCCAGCUCCGCAACCCUUACCACAGCAGAAACAAGGCAAGCCCAAGCAAGCAAAUGGCGUUCUUGGGAAUGAGGUUACAUCAAAGGAGGAUGAGGAAGAACUGUCCGAUAAAGGCAGUGAUUCUGAAGAUGAAGAUACAAAUCGGGAUUCACAGAGUGAUGGAAGUGAUAAAGAUUCUGAUAGAGAGCAAGAUGAGAAGCAUGGAAAGGAUGAUGAAGCAGAGUGGCAAGAAUUACAGCAAAGCAUACAGCGUAAAGAUCGAGCGCUACUGGAAACAAAAUCAAAGGUCACGCAUCCUGCUUACAGUCUAUAUUUUCCUGAGGAAAAGCAAGAAUGGUGGUGGAUUUACAUUGCAGAUCGAAAAGAUCAAACGUUAAUAUCUAUGCCGUAUCAUGUUUGCACACUAAAGGAUCGAGAAGAGGUGGAGCUUAAAUUUCCUGCUCCCAAUAAACCAGGAAAUUAUCAGUAUACUGUGUUCUUGAGAUCAGAUUCAUAUAUGGGCCUGGAUCAGAUUAAACCGUUAAAGCUGGAAGUUCACGAAGCCAAGCCAAUACCAGAGAAUCAUCCUCAGUGGGAUACCACCAUAGAAGGUGAUGAUGACCAGGGAGACAGUGAAGGGUUUGAAGAAAGUUAUGAAGAGGAGGAAGAAGACGAUGAAGAGGAUUAAAUGGAAAUACUAAAACGGACUUGCUAGAGCUGCACACUGUCGUCGUUCUGAUAUUGGAGUCACCCCAUUCACCAGAGCCACAGUGUAGACGUUUUCGGGAAGUUGAUUUUUAGUUACUCUUUACCAGUUCUGAGUGCUUUAUGUGAUUUUAUGCUUGUUGGAGGCCAAACAAAACCUUACCAUUGGUACAACCAUGAGAAUACCUAGCGACUUACCGAAGUCAUCCAACAUAGAGAGCUACAUAUAAUCCAUUUAAAGGAGAAAACAAAUAAAGAUUUUUAUUAAAUUAAGAUGUCUAUAUUCAGAAACUGGUCAUCUUUGUGUAAAAGAUUUUUUUUGGUGUAAAAUAAGAAUAAUUUAUCACCUGAAGUCUCCUGCUUUCUUUUAGAUCUCUAUUAAAUGUAAAUGCUGUUUCA